AUGAACGACCGUUGGAUGACUCCAUUUGUCCGUGAUCCUCUCUCUGUUUGUCCAUUAGGAUACGGUGGACCAGCAAACCUCUUCAACGAGAUGAACAUGUUGGAGCGUAAAAUGAUGAACUCCCUCAACAUGGUUGAUCGUAAUCUCACCAACAACAUGGAACUUAUGGAACCAUGUCCAGAGGUAGUAAAUAACGACAAGGAAUUCAGAGUCAAAAUGGAUGUAUCUCACUAUGGACCAAAUGAAUUGAAGGUUACCGUUAGAGAUAACUACCUCCAAGUUGAAGGAAAACAUGAAGAGAAAACUGACAAAUACGGAACCAUCCAAAGAAGUUUCGUCCGUAAAUAUGCUCUCCCAAAAGGACUCACAGAGGAGAAUGUCAAAAGUGAACUUACUAAGAACGGUGUCCUCACAGUCGGAGGUAACAAGAUGGCUAUUGAGGACAAGAAUGUCAAGACUGUCCCAAUUGAAUAUAGAAAAUAA